GGAGGAGCUGCAGGAGGAGAUGGAGAGACUGCGGGAGGAGAACGAGACCCUCAAGAAUGAGAUAGAUGAGUUGAGGACUGAGAUGGAUGAGAUGAGGGACAGUUUCUUCGAGGAGGAUGCUUGCCAGCUGCAGGAAAUGCGUCAUGAACUGGAGCGAGCCAACAAGAAUUGCCGAAUCCUACAGUACCGGCUCCGCAAGGCUGAGCGCAAGAGGCUCCGCUAUGCACAGACGGGGGAGAUUGAUGGAGAGCUCCUGCGCAGCAUGGAGCAAGAUCUCAAGGUUGCGAAAGACGUCUCAGUCAGACUUCAUCAUGAGUUAGAAAACGUGGAAGAAAAACGAGCUACAACAGAAGAUGAAAAUGAAAAGUUAAGACAGCAGCUUAUAGAAGUUGAGAUUACUAAACAGGCUUUACAGAAUGAGCUGGAAAAAGUGAAAGAGCUGUCAUUGAAAAGAAGAGGGAGCAAAGACUUGCAAAAAUCAGAAAAAAAGUCACAGCAGACACCCACUGAGGAGGACAAUGAAGAUCUGAAAUGUCAGUUGCAGUUUGUUAAAGAAGAAGCUGCCCUUAUGAGGAAAAAAAUGGCGAAAAUUGAUAAGGAGAAAGACAGAUUUGAACAUGAGCUUCAAAAAUAUAGAUCAUUUUAUGGGGAUCUAGACAGUCCCUUACCAAAAGGUGAAGCUGGAGGACCACCUACCACAAGAGAAGCAGAGCUCAAGCUUAGACUGAGACUUGUAGAGGAAGAAGCCAAUAUCCUUGGAAGGAAAAUAGUAGAACUGGAAGUAGAAAAUAGGGGACUGAAAGCAGAGCUUGAUGAUUUAAGAGGAGAUGAUUUCUCAGGAACAGCAAACCCCCUCCUGGGGGAACAGAAUGAAUCUCUCUCAGAGUUACGGCAGCAUUUGCAGCUAGUAGAAGAUGAGACAGAAUUGCUGAGGAGAAACUUGGCUGACUUGGAGGAACAAAACAAGCGCAUCACAACAGAGCUAAAUAAAUACAAAUACAAGUCUGGCACCCAUGAGAGCUCGAGGCACCAUGAUAGUGCCAAGACAGAAGCACUGCAAGAAGAGCUAAAAGCUGCCCGAAUGCAAAUCAAUGAACUCAGUGGAAAAGUCAUGCAACUUCAGUAUGAAAACAGAGUGUUAAUGUCCAACAUGCAGCGGUAUGAUUUGGCCUCUCACCUUGGGAUCCGGGGCAGCCCCAGAGACAGUGAUGCUGAAAGUGAUGCAGGGAAAAAAGAAAGUGAUGAUGAUUCUCGCCCUCCCCACCGCAAAAGGGAAGGUCCCAUUGGAGGGGAAAGUGACUCUGAGGAAGUACGCAACAUCCGGUGCCUGACUCCCACUCGGUCUUUUUAUCCUACACCAGCUGGAUGGCAGAAGAACUUCACAGAUCGACAGCAGAUGAAGGACAUCCGCUCCGAAGCUGAGCGAUUGGGCAAGACAAUAGAUCGCCUGAUUUCUGAUACGAGUACCAUCAUAACGGAGGCAAGAAUUUAUGUGGCCAAUGGGGAUCUGUUUGGACUGAUGGAUGAAGAAGAUGAUGGCAGUAGGAUUCGUGAGCAUGAGCUUCUUUAUCGAAUCAAUGCGCAAAUGAAGGCAUUUAGGAAAGAACUCCAGACUUUCAUCGACAGACUAGAAGUUCCAAAAUCAUCAGAUGACCGAAAUGCAGAUGAACCUUUGUCAGUGAGUCAGGUAGUUUUUUACUUAUUACAGCCUAGAGGUAAAAAGACACUGCCAAAUAGUUUAAGCCUCUACACUCUCCAGUUUGUCUACAACUUUCCUAAAGUGUGGCACCAAGAACUGGUCAGUCCUCCAGUUGAGGCCUCACCAGUGCCAAAUAGAAAUCAAGGACGAGAAAAACAUUCUGCUAAAAUCAAUCCCAGCUUCCAGGAAAAGAAAGAGGAGCAGAAACCCCUUUGAGGUGAUACUCAUAGUGCAACAAUGGACCUGCAUAAACAACUGGAGAAUACUGAGAGGAACUGGAAUAAAGAAAAGAUGGAGCUGCUGGAGAGAUUUGACAGUGAAAGGAAGGAGUGGGAAAGUCAGUGGAAGGUCAUGCAGAAGAAAAUAGAAGAGCUUUACCAGGAGGUAAAACUAAGGAGGGAAGGCAAUAUGAAUAUGUGGGAUAAUAAAGCCAUCCAAAGCAAGAUGCUGCAGCAGUCUGUAUAUUCCCCUACUUCAGAACGGAGAGAUACAGCAGAACUGAACUGUCAACACAAUUUGCCAAAUGACAAGAUGGGAGAAAAGAGUUUGCUCAGUAAAACAGAACAAGAAUGUAAAGAAACGAGAACUCUGAGGAAAAACAAUGUUUUAUUACAGAACAAACUGGCCUUUGACAACCACGAGGAAUAUGAAGAUCUCAGCUUGAAAAUUCCUAAGAAAGAUACCAGUUAUGCUGGCGAACUCAAUGCAGCUCUUAAAGAACUGGCGAAAGUUAGUGAAGAGUUAUGCAGCUAUCAAGAGGAAAUUCGAAAGAAGCCCAAUCACAAAAGAAUGAAGUCACUUCCUUUUCUGGAAGAAUUUAGAAAAACCCAAAACACAGUUAUUAUGCCUGAGAUGAACCGUGUCUCCAGCAAUGAACCACAAACUUCUUCUGUCACUUUUGAAACAGAAGGAAAAAAGAACAGGAAGAACUUGAUGAGUGCUAACAAGGGUUUGAAAGAUAUGCCUUGUAGCUCUCUUACUGGUGAUAGAGGAAGAGACUUCAUGCCCUGGCCAAAGAAAGAAGCUCCACCAGUUCCUCCACGGAGCACUUCUCGACAUCUGACAAGCUCACUUUCUGCUGCUGUACAUGUCUCUGACGUACCCAUAAAAGAUUCAGGCAGCAAAAGCAAGUGCAAGGCUCAGGAAGGUAGGAAUGGAAGGAAAUGUAUUAAUCCUUCUCUUGCAAAACAGAGUGAUGCUCCAGAGGCACAUGCAAAUGAAGGGGCAUGUGAGGCAGUGGUAACUGAUUCAGUACUUAUAGCUAAAAAAGAGAGAGUCUCUGAGCAUAGUAUAGUGACUGGUUUUUGUCACAAUACCUGGUCUUGUGAUGUAGGCAAGCUUGGAAAAGGUUCUGAGAAUGGAUCCUCCCCAUUGUCUACCCAGAAAAGCUGUUCAGAUGGAAAUAUGGCACAAACAGAGAAUAUGCACAGGAGACAUUGCCCUAAAUCUCAGAAUGUUCUGCGUUAUGGUAAUGACACCUGUUACCCUGCAGUGCUCCCAAAGAAGACCCAAGGAAAUGAAAUCUUGGCAGCAAAGAUUGAUGAAUUUAACAGAAUUUUAUUUCAUACAGAUAAAUGCAACAAGUCUUUGCAAGAAAAUCAGAAACGUCAAACACCAGCUGAAGAUCAUAAACAAUAUGGCUCUGUGUGUGACUGCGUGGUUAACAGAACAGAAACUGUAAAUACAGCUUAUGCUUCAAACCCCAGACUCUCUGCUGCAGAGGAACAGGAUACAUGCAAUGUGAGCAAAACUGCUAGAACAACAGGGCAACAAAAACAAAUAAAUGGACUUCUAAACACCACUGGCUACCGACAUAUGCUUCAGGAGCAUGAUUGGAGACCAAGUAAUUUAUCUGGUCGCCCGCGUUCAGCUGACUCAAGGUCAAACUAUGGAGUUGUUGAAAAACUUUUGAAAAACUAUGAAAAAUCAACAGUGACUUCUUUGUAUAAUUCUAAAUGCUGCAAAGAUAAGUGGGUACAGGCAGAUACUGAGUUCACAGAUGGGAGUUGUGAGACAUUGAGUCAUUAUUUAGAAAAGCUCCAGAUAGAGCAAGGAAAGCAAGAGUUUCAGAGGAAUUCAGCCAGGCGUCUUGGGCAGCAAGUCAAACAAGGCAAAGAGAAACAGAAGUUACCAGAGAUACCAGUGCCAGAUAAAUAUUCAACUGGGAAAGGCUUCUCCCGGCCAGCGCGACCAGCAAAUCGACGCUUACCCUCCAGAUGGGCAUCCAGAUCACCAUCAGCACCACCUGCUGUGAGAAUGACUGCAAACCGUUAUUCUGUCUCCCUGAAGUCAGAGUUGGCAGUAGUCUGAACUCAAGGACGUGUUUCAUGCUGUUGUGCAAUAUAAAAAUUCUGCACCUCUUUAUAAUGGUGUGUUCUGUGACUGUGAUAGCAACCAGUUCUACACUGUUGUAUAGUGUCCAAGAUUAAUCCUGUCACUUACCUUACUGGACAAAGCAUUUUAAAUCUUAGAUCGUCAUUGCAGUCUUCAGUGGUUUUAUUGAUGAAAUAAGUAUACCCCCCCCCCAUUUUAUUUUGGUGUCUGUCUUUUUUUAAUGGUUCACAAAUUACUUUUGAAUAACAUCCUCCUUGGUUUACCAAUCCAUUUUGAGUUGAUACAAUGUAUAGUUCUGUAUAUUCUGACUUUUCUGCAAAUAGCAGAAAGUAAAGCUGUGUGCAUGAUCAUGUGUUUGUAGGUGCAUGUGUUGGAAUAGGAAGUAUACUGGUCUGUAUUUAGAAGAGACAAACUCUGUGUUAGCAUUGACACUGAAAUUACAACAUAUAUGCCUAUAUAUACUUUAUGUUUAUUUUAAAAUUUUGAAAAUAUAAAGUCCUGAUUACAUUUAUAUUUUGUACAUCUUUUACAUAGGUUCGCAAGUGUAGUGAAUACACUUUUUUGACUAUAAUUGCAGCGACAAGGGCUUGCACAAUAUGUAUCAGAAGCAGACUAGCUCAGUGGAUUCCUCAGGCAUGCUUGAUGGCAUACUUGUUUGGUUUUUGAACCCUUAUGAUGCUAGGGUCAAUAUAGCUGGGCAUAUUUUUUCUGAAUUAAAAUACUGUAUGAUUAGUACUAUAUUAGAGCCUUUUUCAGCACCAGAGAUAUUCCUAAAACAUUCCGCUGCCUUAAAAUGCUUUAUACGUGCCAUUUAAUAUAACCUAUUGUAGGGAAUUAACUUCAGUAGUUUCCGCUAUAUUGUAAUAUACAGUUUGUGGAGGAAAAAAAAGGAUGGUAAGCAUGGCAGUUCUUUCAGGUUUGUUUUCUUUAAUCAUUGUAUUUAUAGCUACAUUGGGAGAAUUUAACCUGUUUACUUUAAAUGAAAACAGGAAAAUAAGGAAUGCUAUGAUUACCAAAUGCUGUAUUUUUACUCUUUGCUACUGGACUUGAUAGAGUGUAAGCCAACAGCUCACUUACUGCUCCCAUGAAUGGUAUAAGUGGCAGUCUGUUAUGAAGUUCACUUGCAUUCUGGCAAUAGCUUCCUAUAGUACAUAAAUAUUGCCUCAAGAGGUGAAGGAGAUCUGAUCGUUGUGGUGCCAGAAAUCCUAGACUGAUGGCAUUAGAAGUAUGUUUGUACCCUCAUCCGUCUGUGUAUUAUUGGCCGUUAGAAUGCUGUGUGUGUAGGGUGGCUUAUUCCCUUCUCAUAGCUUCAGUGAAAUAUUGACACUAUUCAGCAUUUUUGUUCAACUGUCAUAAUGGCAGUGUUUUCCAUUCCAGAAAUUUUGUACUCAUCAUAAUAAAGUUGCCAGAUAUAUAGUGUAGUAGUGGUGAUAAAAAUUUUCCUUGAACAAUGUGCUCAGUUUACAAGGAACAAACAGAUGUUUCUUUACUAUCAGAAUAGUCUUAUCUCUUGCACCUUUUUCUUUUUCCCCUCAAGAAACACAGCGUGUUUAUGGUUAUUUCAAGAAGAAUCCCAGGAUCCCAUUAAUGUGCAUAUUUUCCUUUAUACUCUUUUCAGGAUUUCAGAGAGGCUUUUGUCCUGGUGGAUGAUACAUGUGAUACUGUAGGAUACUAGACAUGCUUAUCCUAGGAGUCAUUUGUUAUCCUCACUCUUAUCAUAUGAAGAAGCAGAAUAAGUAUCCUGUCAUUUCUUUCAAGGACCUUGUCCUUCUCCAUAAAAAAAAAAAGCACCUAUGGAUGGUUUUGAGGUGCUGCAGACCAGGAAACAGACGCAGUAGCUCUUCAGAAAUUGGGAGUAUCAUAUGUAAAAUAUGCAACUUAAUAGGGCACCAAAUUGCCCCACAUUUCAUGGUGUGCUAGGCAGCUGUGUGCUGCAUAUGUGGCAGCUCUAGUGGCCAGUCCCAUCCCCCUAGUUGUGCCCUACCAUGGGCUGAGCUCAGCAAGGCCCAUCCCUGGAGAGAUAUGGGGCCCAGGACAGUCUCCUUGUUCCACCCUCACCCCCACUCCACUCCUCCCCCUACUUUUGAUCUACAUUAGGUUGUGGAAUAACAUAGGAAUAAAAACCUGCAACAUUCCCUGGCAUAUGUAACUUUAUUAACACAAAGUUAUGGAGGUAAGCCAUUACAUAGGUAAAUGACAAGUCCAUUUUGUGAUGAUCUUGUGAGUCUCUCUAGUGCAUACACCUUACAUUUUAGUAUCUAGAGAUUGCAGUAAUUUAUGCACUAUAAAUACCCUAGGAAGCCAGCUGGAUAUACUGAUUUUCGUAAUAUGCCCCUAAGGCUGUUUAAAAAGAAAGUUGUCUUUGCAGCAGUAAACAUGUCCAAGCCAGUUCCCAGCACUGUGAUAACCACAUUUUGGCAACUGUCUUGAGUAGAAUUAGAGAUUACGUAACUCACACACCUACUGGGCGUGGUUCACUGUCCCAUGUAGUGGCUUUUAGACCACCUACAGAGAGAAGGAGUUUCCUCUACAGCCUUAGUGAAGUGCUAGCUGGCUUUUAGCUCAAGCUGUAGAGACUCAUGCACUAAAUUCCAGUGGUCCCAGGUUAAGUUCUAUCUGUCAUCCUUACCAUACAAUAUAUGCUCUUGCUGUAGGAGGAAGGGAUACUAGCUGGUUUUCCCAGUGUUAACUAAGGGCACAUCUACACAGCAGGGCAAAAGUCGAAUUAAGCUACUCAACAUCAGCCAUGUCAAUUGUACAGCUGAAGUGGAAAUAGCUUAUUUCAGCUUUUGGUGCUAUCUACACAGCAGGAGGUCAAAGGAAGAACACUCUUCCUUUGACUUCCCUUACAGGAGUCAGAGUAAGAAGUCCUCCUGCUCGCCAUUGUUUUGAAAUAAUGGUUUGUGGUGUAGACACACUCUUUAUUUCAGAAUAACCUCAGAUUUUCUGAAAUAAUGCUGCUGUGUAGACAUGCCCUCAGAUUGAGAAGAGCAGCCAAGUUGGAGUUUCUGAGAGAAGAGAGUCUCGAGAACAAAGAAUUCAUGUAUCUUCAAACUGGAACAUAACUUUUUUUCUCUCCCCCCAAUCUGACCUAUUUUGUGAGCCUAUUGUGAAAAUGACAGGUUGAAUGUUAUGCUUUCCUGUGUUGAUGGAAGUCUCUGUAUAGAGGCACACUCUUUUUAUUCAUUCUCUGAACCACUGUUAGAUUCUCCAUAUGGCUUAGAUUCACAACAGGAAUAUAUUUUACUUUGGCUUCACCAUAAAUCCAGUAGAGAGUCUUGAAAAACUCUAACUGGCAACAGGGUAAGAGUACCUUAAAUAGAAACUCCUCAGGCACAGUGGAGCUAGCUGCCAACCCAUACACUUACCAGGUACUGAAAGUACGUGAAUGUCACUAUGAAUCAGUUGCUUCCCUUCUUUGAUGCUCAAAGGGAGUAUGUCUUGACUCUAUUACAAAAGGGCAUGGAGUCAGAAUUUUUCCUUAGUUUAAUUUUACUAGAGAAAACACACACAGAAACAGAUCUUUAGGCCUUGUCUACACAUAAAAGUUGUAUGAACUUAAUAAGUUGUAUGAAUUUAAUAGCCACUCAAGCUCAUCUGAAGAAGUGGGUUUUGCCCACGAAAGCUCAUGAUAUAUAUAGAGACUAUACUAUACUAGACUAUAUAGUAAGUCUCUAAGGUGCCACAGGACCACUCGUUUUUAAUAAAAUCAGUUUGUAAACCAGUUUGGUUAAAUCAGUGUAAUCCCAUAUAUAAACCAAGCUUGCAAAAAUGAGAGACACACACCACCCCAACCAACUUAGCUUAGUUAGAAUGAUUGUUUGACCUGAUACAGAGGCCUUGGGCAGGGGAAAAAGAAUUAAAAAAAAGGUAAAUCUCCAAAGAAAUGCUCAUAAAUACUGUCGCCUAUAGCUUAUCAUUCACUGUCUAGUUCUAUGUAAUGUUUUAUCUUUGCUGUAUUAGUUAUAGUCUUCUGAUAAAGAAUACAUUUUAAAUGACGCUAAAGAAAUGAAGACAAUACUUUUCUUGUUCUCUGUGAGCCAUAGAAUUAGUAUGUUGAUCUUUACUCAUCCAGUAAGGGAUGAAUUGACCAUUAUAAAAAUAUAUUGUCAACCUGUGCAAGAUAAUUUUUCAGUGUUCUUCUGAACACCAGUUACUUUCUACUGCCCUUUGAUUCUGUUCAGUAUAUGCACCAUUGUCUAUUUAAGAAUAUGUUUCUGCUGAAACUGUAAAUAGGGAUCUUGUAUCCAAAUGGCUUCAAUGUUAUUUUUAUAAAGUUCCAUAGCAUCCCAGCAGGCUGGUCAGCAAUAUCUCAAUUUUAAUUUAUGGACCAAGUAUAAAUUCCCUAGCAUGCAAAAAGUGUGCAGUUUUUGCAGUGUUGCUAUGAAACGAAUUUCUUUGGCAUUGGGGUCUACAAUAUACAAUUCUAUCUAGUAUACUAUCAUUAUUCUUUCUUGAAGUAAUCUGUAAUAUUCCCGUCGAUUGUGUACUUGCUCUUUAAAAUGAAAGGUAGAAGACAUUUACUUUUCUCUGCUAAAUCUGAAAAGUAAAAAUUCUUUUUGCAUCUGCCCUUUGCACCACUUCUUGAUUCCCAGUAAAGGUAUGGUUUCUUUGUGGUUCCUUGCCAAUGAUUCAUAUGUAUAUGACAUGCUGUAGGAUUUUCUGUUUGUACUGCACUCAAACUUUUUCCCCCAACACAUCUUGUUCUUAAACUUGUUGAUAUUACCGUUGCCAUCCAUAAAUAUAUUAGAUCUUAAUUUAUUGUUUUGGCUCAUUUGAAAUGCAUUUUCUUAAUCAUCUGCUAAUAUCAUAACCUAUAUAAAACUUGCUUUUUUUUCUUUUCUAUUAAUAAAG